UGUGCUUUUCUAUAAAAGCACCUCUGAUGUGUGAGGUAACUAAUUAGAUCUACUUUUAAACACACAAAAUUAAGGCAGCUUAACUUAGUGAAAGACAGCUUUGAUGGAGCUAGGCUAAUGUCAUUUAGUCUUAAUUCUAAAAUGGAUUCAACACUGAGCCACCACUGUACUGGUACAUACAAAGAUGAAACUGAUGUUCUUCUCCUCUACAAGGAUGCCAAACCAACCAAGAAACUCUCAAUAGAGCUGCCUAAUGAUAGCGUCCCUGAGUCAGCCAUGGGGAGAAAAGACUCAGUGUGGUCUCUGGGAGAUGGUCAGGGCCCGGACGAUCUGGAGAAGCCCGUCGACCAGCCGCCACUGUCCACCCUGCUGAUAGAAAAACCUCAAAGUGGCACCGUCAGUGUGGGUGGAGACAUUACGUUUGUUGCUAAGGUGGAGGCCAAAGAUCUUCUCCGCAAACCCACUAUCAAGUGGUUUAAAGGAAAAUGGAUGGAUCUGGCCAGCAAGACAGGGAAGCACUUACAGCUAAAAGAGACCUUUGAUCGUAAUACCAAGGUCCACACAUUUGAGAUGCAUAUCAUAAAGGCCAAAGAGAACUAUGCUGGAAACUACAGGUGUGAAGUCAACUACAAGGACAAAUUUGACAGCUGUUCCUUUGACUUGGAAAUUAAAGAGUCCGAACAGAGCUCACAGCAUAUUGACAUUCGAUCAGCUUUCAAAAGAAGCACUGAAGGACAAGACGAUGCUGGGGAGCUUGACUUUAGUGGUCUCCUUAAACAUAGGGAGUAUAAACAGCAAGAUGACACUCCCGAGGUGGAUGUGUGGGAGAUCCUGAAGAACGCCAAGCCAGAGGAAUAUGAGAAGAUUGCUUUUAUGUACGGUAUCACAGAUCUGAGGGGUAUGCUGAGGAGGCUGAAGAAGAUUCCUAAGGAGGAGAAGAAGUAUGAAGCUUUUGCUAAGAAGCUUGAACCAGCAUAUCAGGUGGAUAAAGGUGGAAGGAUCCGUCUGAUGGUCGACCUGGCUGACCCCACUGCCGAGCUGAAGUGGUACAAGAACGGAAUUGAAAUCAGGCCCAGUACAAAUCAAAGGAAGUAUAUUUUUGAGCAUAAGGGCACACAAAGGAUUUUGGUCAUCAACAACUGCAACCCAAACGAUGAUGCAGCCUAUACUGUAGCUGCAGGAGAGGAGAAGUGUUCCACGGAGCUGUUUGUUAAGGAGUUGCCAGUUAAGAUAGUUAAAGGUAUUGAGCCCGUGAAGACCACAGUCAAUGAGAGGAUUGAGCUGGAGUGUGAGGUGUCCGAGGAAGGAGCUGAAGUCAAAUGGAUGAAGAACGGUGUUGAGGUUUCAACUGGAGUGCGCUCCAGAUACCGCGUUAAGUGUGAGGGAACCAAACACUACUUGGUGAUUGAUGAUGCCUCUUUAGAGGACACUGGGACAUACUCCAUCAUGGCCACUGGUGGCACGUCUGAGGCUCAUGUACAGGUUGACUUGAAACCACUGAAGAUCUACCAGGACCUGCAGGAUAUGACAGUGCUGCUGGGUCAACCCCUCAAGCUGAACUGUGAGAUCUACCCAGGCAAUGUCCCAGGUCACUGGUACAGGAACGGACAGCUGAUCCAGCCCACAGACCGCAUCAACAUCAUACACAGAAAUAAGAUACAUCGACUUGAAAUUGCGUCAUGUUCUCUUCAUGAUGCAGGAGAUUACACUUUUGUACCUGAGGGGUAUUCACAUACCCUCACUGCCAAAAUCCACAUCAUUGAUCCUCCAAGGGUGCACUUGGAAAGCUUGAACUUCCCAGACAACACCGUGACAGUUGUUGCAGGAAACAAACUUCGCUUGGAAAUCCCAAUUAGUGGAGAACCAGCACCCCGUGUGGUGUGGACAAAGGGAGAAAGGGUCAUUCUUGAGUCAGCCCACCGUGUUCGAGCUGAAACGUACAGUGAUCAGACAAGCCUGACGAUAGAUGUCACAGAGCGGGAGGACACAGGGACCUACAAUAUAUCUCUGCAGAAUGAGGCUGGUGAGGCCACAGCCACCAUCAAAGUCAAGGUUGUAGACAUCCCUGAUCCUCCAGAGGCUCCUUUGGUCCCAGUAGUGGGUGGUGAUUGGUGCUCUAUGACAUGGGAAGCCCCCAUAUGUGAUGGAGGUUCACCAAUAUUAGGAUACUUCAUCGAAAGAAAGAAGAAACAGAGCUCCAGAUGGAUGAGAAUAAACUUUGACCUGAUCAAAGAGACAUCAUAUGAACCCAAGAAGAUGAUUGAAGGUGUGCCGUAUGAAGUGCGUGUCUUUGCUGUUAAUGCCAUUGGUGUGUCCAGGCCCAGUGAACCCUCUAAAGCCUUUACACCCCUUGCUGUGACCAGUGAGCCUACCAUGCUGGUCGUGGAUGAUGUCACUGACACCACAGUGACAGUAAAGUGGCGUCCUCCUGAAACCAUUGGAGCUGCUGGUCUGGACGGAUACUUAGUGGAGUACUGCAUAGAAGGAUCUGAUAAUUGGGUAAUAUCCAACAAGGAGCUAACAGAGAAGACCAAGUACACCAUCACUGGGCUGAGCCCAGGGUGUAAGAUUUUAGUUCGAGUCAAGGCCGUCAAUGCUGCCGGAGCCAGUGCUCCACGGUCCCUUCAACAUGCUAUCCUGGUCAAAGAGGUUAUUGAACCACCCAGGAUUCGUGUCCCACGACACCUGAAGCAGACCUACACUCUUAGAGUUGGAGAAGCAGUCAAUCUUGUGGUGCCAUUUAUGGGCAAACCCAGGCCGAAGAUCACCUGGCUGAAGGAUGGCAAGCCCAUAGACCCUUCCCACGUCAACAUCCGUAACUCAGACUGUGAUAGCAUCAUCUUCAUUCGUAAAGCAGAGCGCAGUCACUCUGGGAAGUAUGAGAUGGCAGUGCAAGUGGAAAACCUUGUGGACACAGCUGUUAUUGAUAUACAAAUCAUAGAUCUACCUAGACCCCCUCUGUGUGUGACAAUUGAAGACGUAUGGGGAGAAAAUGUUGCUCUGGUCUGGAGUCCUCCGAGAGACAGCGGAAAUGCCCCAAUAACAGGCUACACCAUUCAAAAAGCAGACAAGAAGACAAUGGAAUGGUACACAUGCAUUGACCACUACCAUCGCAACAGCAUCGCCAUCACAGAGCUGGUGGUUGGGAACGAGUACUUCUUCAGGGUCUUUGCAGAGAAUAUGUGUGGCCUGAGUGAAACUGCCACCCAAACCAAAAAAAGUGCCCUCAUUGUCAAAAAAGGCAUGCAGAUGAAGAUCCCUGAUUACUCUGAGCACGACUUCCAGGAGGCUCCAUUGUUCACACAACCACUGAUCGACACCUUUGCCGUUGCCGGCUACAAUACUACUCUGAACUGUAGUGUCCGUGCCAACCCAAAGGCCAAAGUGUUCUGGAUGAAGAAUAAGAUCAUCAUUGUCGAUGACCCACGCUACCGCAUGUUUAGCAACCAGGGAGUGUGUACUCUUGAAAUCAGGAAGCCCAGCCCCUACGAUGGUGGCACGUACGCCUGCAAGGCCAUCAACGACCUAGGUGAAGCUCAAGUGGAGUGCAAGCUGGAGGUCAAAGGAGGGUUCACCUUCUUUGAACUCAUGCAACGUGGAAUACCCCUACACCUGAUUGACAAGUACAUGAAUGACACGAAGACUUUUGAACAGGAGAAGUAAAAUGAUAAGGACUGACAGACAGAAUAGUUUUGCAGACUUCUGCCGCCUCUAGUGAUAUUCUUCUCCCACCUACUGAGGUCAGCAGCCUGAACAUGGAUGGACAGAUGAGGAAGGAUGGUGAGAGGGAUGGAGGAUGUGCUGGUCUGUGGUGUGGCAUGUUGUGUGCAGGUUUGGAGCUAGUUACACUAGGGAAAAAGCCAUCUCACUUGUUUGUCAUCCUCUUAUGUUUAAAAGACUGUCUGCUCAGAUGCAUGUCGCCAGUGUUUUGGUUCAAGCUUUCAUAAGGUCAUGUAGUGUGUAAAAACAAAAAUUAUAGAAAGCACAUAUAGCACAAACAGUGACACAUACCUACAGUAUUUACAUGUGGAUUGAUGUUGGGAGUGUGAUAAUUUAUUUCUGA